AUGAUAAAAUAGAUAAAUUGUAAACAUUAUUAAAGAAAUUGCGACAAGAAAGCUCCAUGCUGUUAGAUUUAUUAUCCUUGCAGAUUAUGUCAUGAUCAAAACUACAAAGGACCUAAAUCUGAGGGAUGCAAGGUUGAAACUAUGGAUAGAUAUAAUGUUAAGGAAAUUCGUUGCAGAAAGUGUUUAACAGAAUAAGCACCUUCUAAUUAAUGCACAAAUUGUGGAAUUCAAUUUGCAAGGUACUAUUGUGAAAUUUGUAUAUUAUACUAAGAUGAUUAGAAAAAGAAUCAAUUUCAUUGUGAAAAAUGCAAUAUGUGCAGAUUAGGAAAAAAAGAAGAAUAUUUUCAUUGUGAAAUAUGUGAUGUUUGUUUAUCACUUUCAAUAAAAUCAACACAUUUUUGCACUCAAAAAGCAUUUGAAUAAAAUUGCGCUGUUUGUUAGGAUUAUCUCAAAAAUUCAACUUAACUUGUACAAUAACUAACUAAUUGUGCUCAUUUUAUGCAUGUUAAAUGUUUGGAAAAAUAAUUGAAGAAGGGUUUGCGAAAUUGUCCCAUUUGUAAUAUCGCUAUUUAUGUAAGUAUGUAUUUAAUAAAGUUAGAAAAUGAGUUAAGCUGAAAUCUAAGAGUUAGAUGAGAUUAGUCAAUAGAUUUAGAUAGAAAUUAAUAAAGAACAGAAAGAAACUAAAUUUGUUAAUAUAAUAUGUUCUGAUUGCUAAGCCAAAAGCAACAAUGUCUAAUUUAACAUUUAUUUAAAAUGUUAAAAUUGUGGCUCAUAUAAUACUAGAUAAUGA